GCUCACCAGGCGGCUAUAUCUGUCUGCUAUACCACACCUCAGGGCAUCCAGUACUCUUUCACUUCUACCUUGUCCUUAUUACUUCAGUAUUUCAAUUUCUUUGUGCUCUGGAACCUUUUUUCACUGGUCUCUGUUCAGUAAUUCAGAGCCUGUGUUCCUCCUGUGUCCAUCCUCCUGGGCACACAGGUUGUGAUGGAGCUGUGGAGGCACUGUGCUCACUGGUUGAUCCAAUGCCGGGUACUUCCUCCAAAUCACCGUGUGACUCUGGCUACUGCUCAGGUUUGUGACCUCGCACAGGCACUUCGGGAUGGAGUUCUGCUAUGUCAACUUCUCAACAAUCUCAUGCCAAAUGCUGUCAACCUUGGUGAGAUUAACUUGCGACCUCAGAUGUCCCAGUUCCUCUGCCUGAAAAAUAUCCGGACAUUUCUAUCCACCUGCAGUGAAAAGUUCAAGAUGCGCAGAGCUGACCUCUUUGAGGCAUUUGAUCUGUUUGAUGUCAGAGAUUUUGCAAAGGUUAUUGACACACUGUCCAUCCUGUCCUGGACUUCAGUUGCUCAGAGCAGGGGUUUUGAACCAUUUCCCACUGAAGAACUAGUGACAGAUGAAGAUAUCUAUAGUGGACUUUCUGAUCAGAUUGACGAUACGGGUGAGGAAGAUGAGGACCUCUAUGACUGUGUUGAUAUGGAGGAAGAAGAAGGAAAUGAGAUCUAUGAAGAUCUCAUGAAGCUUGAGGAGCAACCUGCAGCACCUACAGAUGGGAAAAUGACUGCAGAUGAUAUGAGGAGAUGCUGCCUUCAGGAAUUAUACCAGACAGAAGAAAAAUAUACAGGCACACUGGAAUCUAUUACCCAGUAUUUUAUGAAACCACUACAAAUGUUCCUGGGUCAAAAUGAAACGAACACCAUCUUUAUCAACAUUAAGGAUCUCUUGGAUCUUCACCAAGCCUUUCUAUCAGAAAUGAAGAGUUGCACCUUUUACAAAACCCAACAGAACCUGUACCAAGUAUUCCUGCGAAACAAAGAAAAGUUCCUUAUCUAUGGCACAUACUGCAGUCAGGUGGAAUCUGCCACUAAAUAUCUAGAGAAGACUUCAAUGGAACAUGAAGGAGUCAGAAUGAAGCUGGAGGAAUGUUCCCGAAGGGCAAAUAAUGGGCGUUUUUCCUUGAGGGAUUUGCUGAUGGUACCAAUGCAACGAGUACUGAAGUAUCAUCUCCUCCUGCAGGAGUUGGUAAAACACACAAUGGACCCAACUGAAAAAGAAAAUCUAAAACUGUCUUUAGAAGCAAUGAGGGACUUGGCUCAGUGUGUUAACGAAGUGAAAAGAGAUAAUGAGACGCUCAAGCAAAUAACAAAUUUCCAGCUAUCUAUCGAGAAUCUGACUGAUUCUCUUGCUCAAUAUGGGAGACCAAAAACUGACGGCGAACUUAAAGUUACCAGUAUGGAAAGAAAAUCUAAAUUGGACAGAUAUGCCUUUCUUUUGGACCGAGCACUGUUGAUCUGUAAAAGAAAAGGAGAUACUUUUGACCUAAAAGAGUUCAUAAAGCUUCAAAAUUUCCAGAUUCGGGAUGAUUCCUCUAGUGACAAAGAUAAUAAAAAGUGGUCCCACAUGUUCCUGUUGAUCGAUGCUCGUGGUACUCUUGGCUAUGAACUCUAUUUUAAGACCAGAGAACUGAAGAAGAAAUGGAUGGAGCAGUUUGAAAUGGCUCUUUCCAAUAUCUAUCCAGACAAUGCUCUUGCAAAUGGUCAUGAUUUCCAGAUGUUUUCAUUUGAAGACACAGCUACAUGCAAAGCCUGCCAGAUGUUACUGAGGGGCCUGUUCUUCCAGGGUUACAGAUGUUGCCGCUGCAAAGCUCCAGCACACAAGGAAUGUUUGGGUCGAGUACCUUGUUGCGGUAAGCAAGAUUUAGGGUCCUCUACAAAUAAAAAGCAGAAGCCAGGCCGGGGAAACUACAACAAAAGGAAUGAAACAGGUCUCACCAAAAUGGAGGCAUGUCAGGAAUAUAUGGGCAUUCCACCACCCCCCAUUGCCUUUGGCCCACCUCUGCAAAUGGAAAAGGGGGAUAUAGUAGAACUGACAAAAGCAGAAGCUGAUCAACAUUGGUGGGAGGGCAGGAAAACAUCCAACAAUGAGAUUGGCUUCUUCCCCUGCAGUCACGUUAAGCCUUUCGUGUGUAGCCCAGUACCAGAUCUUACAAUGUAUACCUGGUAUGCAGGUCCUAUGGAAAGAAAAGACGCUGAAGUCCUGCUUGCUAAUCGAUCUGAUGGAACUUAUCUGGUUAGACAAAGGGUGAAGGAUGCUGGAGAAUUCGCCAUUAGCAUCAAGUUUAACCAGGAAGUGAAACACAUGAAGGUUAUAUCUCAGGGUGGGCUCUGGAAACUCACUGAGAAGAAAGGGUUCAAGGGACUUACUGACCUUAUUGAGCAUUACCAACAAAAUUCACUAAAAGACUGCUUUAAACUUCUUGACACAACGCUACAAUUUCCAUUCAAGGAACCAGAAAAGAAAGACAACCCCAAAACUGAAAAAAGGAUGAAAUAUUUUGGGUCGGCUCGAGCUCGUUAUGAUUUCUGUGCAAGAGACAGAACUGAACUGUCUUUAAAGGAGGGAGACGUAAUUAGGAUCCUGAACAAGAAAGGACAAAAUGGCUGGUGGAAAGGAGAAGUGUACGGAAAGGUUGGCUGGUUUCCCGCAAACUACGUAGAGGAUGAUUUUUCUGAAUAUUGCUGAAUGACUUCCUCAACUGACAAUGGUUGUUGCAGAUAUAUUCUGCUAUUUUUCAGUAUCUAGUCCUUGUACUUCAGUUACCCCGAAUGGUGAAUUCUGAUCAAGAGGGGACACAAGGAACUCUUGGCUGUGCACACCUUCAGUGGCCUGAAUAUAGGGCAUUAUACUGCCAUCUGAAGUCACACAUUUAUCUUGGAUCUUUAAAUAAGGAGAUACAGGCCUUUCUACUAUCACAAGCCACAGCCUCAAGUCAUUCUCUUACAGAACCUGCAUGCAUUUCCUUUUCAUGAUUUUCCAUUUGACAAAGGGUUCUUGUUUAACUUGGAGCACAUACAAACUGGUUUAAAUAUACAUGAAUUCUUCUGCACCCACUCUACAGCAACCACGAGGGAGAUAAACUCACAUUUAUAUGGUAGCCACAUCCUGUGCACCUUUUACUGGAUCCGGAAACAUUUUUAUAUAUGCAGGAUGCCAAACCCAACAGAUGAGUAGCUGGUGGCUAAUUUAAACCCUUUUGUACACAUAAGAGGGGAAGGAAUGAAAGAAUUAUGAUCUUCCAGCAUUACAGAUGUGCAACGUUCAUUAUGUUAAGUUAUCAGACAUGGAAUGGAUUUACUGAAACUCAAAUGGAAAACUCAUUUUCACCUUUGCAUACAGAUUUAUCACAUCAUAUGACACUGGGAAUUAGAAUAUUUUAUUUCAAAGGUACAAAAUAAAAAGGCUCUAUUAUCUCUA